AAAUUGUCAGCCAGUGAGAGAAGGCCCUUCACGCCUGAUUCGGUGCAAGAUUCCCUCCACCUUCUCCACCCAUGACUUGACCUGUCCUCGACCCGGACCCGGAUUUAUAAAUUCCCAUUUCUCGGGAGAUUACCAAUAUUUGCAUCACAUUUCGUGAAAUUUGUGCCUGCAUCAAAGGAUGACAAUUUCUUCGGGUGAAAACAGCACUUGUUCUCUGUCUCAACUUGCUCCUGUCGAGGCAGUGCUAUUUGAUGUUGAUGGAACUUUGUGCGAUUCAGAUCCCCUCCACUAUUAUGCUUUCCGUGAAAUGCUUCAGGAGAUUGGCUUCAAUGGUGGCGUCCCAAUUGAUAAGGAAUUCUUUAUCAUGAAUAUUGCUGGAAGGCACAAUGAUGAUAUUGCUUCUAUUCUUUUCCCUCAUGAUUAUGAAAAGGGUGUAAAACUUUGUGAUGACAGGGAAGCUAUGUUCAGAAGGUUGGCUAAGGAGCAGUUGAAACCUGUAAAUGGUUUGUACAAAUUGAAAAAAUGGAUAGAAGACCGUGGUCUGAAACGAGCCGCUGUUACUAAUGCUCCUAGACCAAAUGCUGAACAGAUGAUCUCAACUCUUGGACUGUCAGAUUUCUUCCAUACUGUAGUUGUUGGAAGUGAUUGUGAACAUGCUAAACCAUUCCCUGACCCCUAUUUGAAGGCGCUUGAAAUUCUCAAUAUCUCCAAGGAUCACACAUUUGUAUUUGAGGAUUCUGUUACGGGAAUAAAAGCGGGGGUUGCAGCAGGGAUGCCUGUUAUUGGCUUGACGACAGGAAAUCCUGCACACUUGCUGAUCGAAGCAAAGCCUUCUUUUCUAAUUAAAGAUUAUGAAGAUCCAAAGCUUUGGACCGCUUUGGAAGAGCUUGAUAGAAUUGGUAGUGUGACAAAAGGUGCAGCUUAAACCAUGCAUAUAUUGCUUAUGAACCAGGGAGAAUCCCCCUAUCAAGUUCAGUUCAGUUUGACGGCUAUUUUGUAGGAGAGUUUUUUCAUUUAUCUCAUUUUCUCAUUUUGAAUCUCAGUACAAGGCAUGAUCUAGUUGAUCAGUAUUGAAAUUCCCAAGUGGAAUAAUAAUUUGGAGUUUCUAGUCAUGUUAUGAUUUUUGAGAACAUUUUCCUAUUCUAUAAAUUGCAAUAAUUUUUGUUACA